GUUAGCUUCUCAGGAAGGACUUGGCACCAUGGAGUGUAAGCAUUAAAUUCCGUUCAGUUGGACCAUUAAAAAUUAUAAAUUAGUGACACUUGGUUUCAUCGUGUGUCAUUCGCGAGCAAACAGGUUUUGCAAUUAAUAACGCCUUUAGAUUUCCAGUGAUUUUACAUUUUAAUCAAAACUGGACGUGUCAACAAAUUUGAGUAAAACUCCCUUCUAUCAGAUUUCAUAAAAAUCAGUUUACCGGUUCUCGACUUUUUACUUGCGGACAGACAUGACAAGCUUUUGGUAUAUAUUUUUUUAACUUCUCGUUAUGAACGAAUCAAACACACACGAGUAUUUGUUCAUACGCAAGUCUGAAAAAAAUACGCGUGACCUGAGAGCGCGUAUCGUAAACUGAGCAGUAGAAUCGUGUAUGGAUAUAUGUUCCAUCAAAAUCGGCCUUGUGCUAAAUGAUAAGUACAGGUUAUUCCAUUUAAAACGCAAUCCUAAUUACUACACAUGAACCCCUUGACAUAAACUGAUGGCAACAUUGAAUUUUCACAGCUGUAUCCCAUUGUUACAGUUGAUAACACUGCUUGAAAUCGCUACUGCCGUAGUUUCAGCCAUUUUGUCUCUCAGUGACAACUUGUUAAACACUUUCUAUGUGCUACGAAAUGUUACCAGUCGGCAUAUUUUUGUCUUUUUCGUCACUUCUUUGUCAGGAUACGCGAACAUCAGGAAACAAUUUCGAUUUGAAAUAAUAAUCGAGAACGAACACACUUUCUGCUCGUGAAUACGCCAUGUUCGAACCUGCACAGUUGUUUUCAGCAACUACUACGAUUACAAGGGUGACCUGGACCUUAGUGUCACGGGGGAGUACUACAAGCGGGUGGGCCUGCUUCUGAUUUAAUUUUUGUAUCGUAAUACGUAAUUGCUGUUGGGUUUUGUUUUAAAUGAACCACUUUGAGCCAACUUGAAACUCACACAACACAAGCUGUUGUAAUGAAAUAAUUGAGUUAGGCCAAUGCGCGUAGAUUUGAAAACUGGUAGCUGGAAAGGAGGGGGAGGUUUUAUAUCAAUGGCAUUGCCCUUCGAAGAAUAUCAGUAAACAAUUUUUUUAUUUCGUUUGUGUCUGAUGGUAGUUUCCACUAAUCUGCUUAUGCAAACAGUUGUUCCUAUUGAACCCUGACAAAAGCCUGAUCACAAUGUCAAACUCUAAACGGCUAUUAUUAAUAAUAUUAGCAUAACGUGAAAUAUCUGUCAUAGAAAUUACGGAAUAAUCAACUACAAAAAAAAGAAAACUUGACGCCAAAGUUAUAAGUGUAUGAUGUCAAAGUGACCAUCGGCAUUGUAUACGAUCGGGUAUAAUUUUGUGGCCAACAAACUUUCGUAAGAAAGAAACUUGAUGAUAAAUAUAUGUGGUAUUAAACAUCUACCUCAUUACAAUGUUUGAAUUGCAGCUCCCUUUCCAAGAACUCUUAGCACAGAUGUUAAGUUCUCGACUGCAGUGGCUCGGCAAUCGUGUGGUGGCCGCCCAUGUCCGUCUACAUGUUGCUUGUCAACAAUUCUGUUAUGGUCUCAAAACAUCUCCAAAGGAAGUGAUCUAUUCUUCUGCUGACAUAACCUCAAAAGAAGUGUUUGAUAGAGAAGAAAAGUAUGGUGCCCAUAAUUACCAUCCUCUCCCCGUAGCUCUUUGUCGUGGGCAAGGUGUAUUCAUGUGGGAUGUAGACGGAAAGAAAUACUAUGACUUUCUGAGUGCAUAUUCAGCUGUAAACCAAGGUCACUGUCAUCCCAAGAUUGUGUCCGCUUUGAAGCAACAAGUUGAAAUGCUCACCCUCACAUCUCGUGCCUUCUAUUCAGAUGUUCUUGGAGAGUAUGAGGAAUUUAUUACCCGCUUGUUUGGCUAUGACAAAGUGUUACCUAUGAAUACAGGUGUGGAAGGUGGCGAGACAGCGUGUAAGCUUGCCAGAAAAUGGGGUUAUGCUAAGAAAAAGAUACCAAAGAAUGAAGCAAAAAUUGUGUUCGCUGAAGGUAACUUCUGGGGUCGAACACUUGCCGCCGUUUCCAGUUCUACUGAUCCUAGCAGCUAUGAAGGUUUUGGUCCAUUCAUGCCUGGUUUUGUCAUCAUACCUUACAAUAACCUCGAUGCUUUAGAUGAAUCUCUAAAGGACCCUACAGUCUGUGCUUUCAUGGUUGAGCCCAUCCAAGGAGAAGCAGGUGUAGUCGUGCCAGACGAUGGAUAUUUACGUGGGGUUCGGGAACUCUGCAGCAAGUAUCAGGUGUUAUGGAUAGCUGAUGAGGUACAGACUGGACUCGGACGCACUGGGAAGAUGUUGGCGGUCGAUCAUGAGAAUGUUCAACCUGAUAUCUUAGUUCUUGGCAAAGCAUUAUCUGGAGGGGUUUUUCCUGUGUCAGCAGUACUGGCAAAUGAUGAGGUGAUGUUAUGUAUCAAGCCAGGAGAACAUGGCUCCACCUAUGGAGGCAAUCCUCUUGGAAGCAAAGUGGCAAUAGCUGCUCUGAAAGUUUUGGAAGAAGAAAAUUUGGCACAAAAUGCAGAGAAGCUUGGCACUAUAUUCCGCUCAGAACUCUCUCAGCUGCCACACGAUAUCAUUUCCUGUGUCAGAGGGAAAGGCCUACUAAAUGCAAUUGUCAUUAACAAAGAGUUUGAUGCAUGGAAAGUAUGUGUAAAGCUGAUGGAAAAUGGACUGUUGGCAAAGCCUACACAUGGAGACAUAAUCAGACUGGCUCCACCCCUUGUCAUCACGGAAGAUCAACUGUAUGAUGCAAUCAGAGUCAUCAAGGACACUGUCCUGUCUUUCAAGCAGUAGAACUGUUCAGUGAUCAAGCUACAAUACCUUAAUGCUAAAACGCUGAAGAGGACAUACAACGAUGACUUUCACUAGCGAGAAUCAGGCAAGAUACUCCAACCCCUCCAAUACUGUCCCUUCAUAUCCCGCGCUGGUACAGAAAAAAAAGAAUGGCAUCAAUCUGGCACUGCUAGUUCAGUCGGCCCUCGCCCAGUCCCGACGUCACCCCCGUUAACCUCACGGGACAUAAGAGCCGCCUAGGUCGGCUCAGGUGAAAGAAGGUUGUGAAACACUGCUUUAGAUGAAACUACAGUUUCCAGUUUUAUGAAUCUGACAUGCCUUAGGGAUGUUAAUUCUUACCACCUUGUCUUAAUGUAUCUUUUUUCACCAUUUCUCCAAUUUAAGAUCAAAUUUUUACAGACUAGGUAAGCAUGAGUUGACAUUUAUAUUUAGAAUCUCAGAGCAGAAAAACAUCUCCACAUGUGACGGGAUUAAGGAUGCUCUCCAUUGUGUAUCAGCUGAUGUGUCUUCAGAUGACUCCUCCAACUGAACGAUUUAUUACACACAUUGCAUACGUAUGGAUGCUGUCCACUUUGUGUGCUUUGAUGAAUCUUCGCAUCACUCAUCAGAGUGAAUGAUUUACCACAAGAAUCAGAAGUACCUGUGUGGUUCUCUCCAUGCUUAAUUUGAUGUUCAUUCAGAGGACUCUUGUGAAGGAAAAUGGAACAUUAUUAAAAUAAACAUAAUAGAAAGAAUAAAGAACUUUAAAAAAGGUGUAAA